UUGGGCAUCCUGUGAUGCGACCAUACUGUUAUCUUUUUUAACCGACAAAUUUGAUCAAACGGGAUCAUGAGGAUGACAAGAUUCAUGGGGUAGCGCGGCCAGCCGUCUCCGUCGAAGAAGGAUGACAAAAAGCAUAGUAGUAGUAGUGAUAAACGCCACAGCCGUUACAGCAGCACUGGAAAUCUCAACCGAUCUAAUCAUCAACGAGGCAGUUCAUACAUCUGCGACGCCACUAGGUUUUCAGUCAUAUCUGCAGCUUGCAAAGGGAGUCAGGGUGGGUGAUGUGGCGGAUACGAGAGCGAGAAGAGCGAAGAUGACAAGUGACGGUAGUUGCAGAUACCUGACUAAGUCAAUCCAGAGAAACGUUGAUAGCUGUACAUAGGGAAGGCAAACGAUGGUAACGAUAACAAACCUCAGAUAUGACAGAU